CCAUUCAAACGAGGGAACCCUCUUCCUCUGCUUCCCCCACGCCCCUGUGAGGAAAGUAGAUACUCCUCCUCCUCCUCCUCCGUCCUCCACCAAGAAGGGAGCUUUCUCUCCCCUAAAACCCCGAUCGGGCUGCCAGUCCUCCUCGGAGCGUGUCCCUCUCCACAACCGGAAUCUGAGCCUGUUCAUGUCAUGACCCGGAGCAGUGCAGGAUCGAAGAGGUCGACUCCUCCAACUAGCCUGGCUCUCCGAUGCAGAUGACUCUUCUCCUGGGUUUCCACUUUGGUUCUUAUGAAAUAUGCUAUGUUCGCUGGAGUGCUCGCUUCUCUUUCGGCUGCACUUUGUUUUCAUGUUGGCAGCGGGCCACGAUGAGCUAUCUGCCAGACUCCUCUCCCUCUCCAACGAGCAAGGUCAUUUGUCCCAGUCUGGCUCGGAUCCAUCCAUCGUCCAUCCCGUGAGAAUCAGCGCUGACGGUGAGUUUGUCUCCCACUCCGUGUCUCACCAUUUCAAGACCGGGAGAUCCAGGCGUGCACUGCGGUCCCUUUCUCCAGAGGGACAGGUCUACUACAAGCUCAACUACAAUGGUCGAGCCUUAAUGUUCAAUUUGACCAAAAACCACCACCUGCUGUCAACCGAAUACGUCCUGGAGAGGAGGAAUGGCAGUGCCAGCAGGGCUGAGCCUGUCCUGUCUGAGGGGAACUCCUGCCACCUUCUUGGCACGGUGGAAGCCCCUGAUGUUAAAGGAACGGCUGCCAUCAGCACCUGCAAAGGACUGAGAGGAUUCUUUUCCCUGCCGGAGGGGCAUUUCUUCAUCGAACCUGCCCAGAAAUUGCCCAGUGAUCCUGCAGGGACUCCAGAACCACACCUUGUCUAUCCAAGAUCUACUGAGGAAAAGCACAGACAAAAACGCAGCCUGGAGUCCAAACACACUCCCAGCCCCUGUGGAGUUCAAGAUGCUCCAAGUGACUCUCACCAGGUGGAAAAAGAGAGGGAGGAAUGGGAAAGGGAGCAGCAGAGGGGGGAGGCUCAGUCUCAGUCCCGCUCGCAGCGCUCAGUCAGCCGAGAGCGAUGGGUGGAGACCAUGGUGGUGGCUGACUCCAAACUCAUCGAAUACCAUGGCAGCGACAAUGUUGAGUCCUAUAUUUUCACCAUCAUGAACAUGGUUGCUGGAAUAUUUCAUGAUGCCAGUAUUGGAAAUGCCAUCCAUGUCAUCUUGGUGCGCCUCAUUCUGCUUCAAGGAGAAGAGAAAGGAUUGAAGAUUGCUCACCAUGCAGACACUACUCUGUCCAGUUUCUGUGCGUGGCAGAAAAACCUGAAUCCACAGAGUGACACUCACCCAGCUCACCACGAUCUGGCUGUUCUGAUCACAAGGAAAGAUAUUUGUGCAGGAAUGAACCAGCCAUGUGAGACUCUGGGUCUCUCUCAUCUAUCUGGGAUGUGUCAACCCCACCGCAGCUGCAACAUCAACGAGGAUUCAGGACUGCCUGUCGCCUUCACUGUUGCUCAUGAAAUGGGCCACAGUUUUGGGAUUCAUCAUGACGGCCAAGGGAAUGACUGUGAGGUCGGAACAAAACACCCGUUCAUAAUGUCAAGACAACUGAUGUAUGACAGUUCGCCUCUUACUUGGUCGUCCUGCUCCAAAGAGUACAUCACACGCUUCCUCGAUCGUGGCUGGGGUUUCUGUUUGGAUGACCGUCCUUCCAAGAGAGACCUGACUACACCUCUGGCCCGUCUUGGCGUCCGCUACACCACCCAUCAUCAGUGCCAGCUCCAGUACGGUCCAAAUGCUACUUUCUGUCCAGAGGUGGAUAAUGUUUGCCAGAUUCUUUGGUGUUCAGUGAAUGGUAGCUGUAGAUCCAAAUUGGACUCGCCUAUAGAUGGUACUCGCUGUGGACCAGACAAGUGGUGCAUUUCUGGAGAGUGUGUAAUUGUGGGUAAACUGCCAGAGACUGUGAAUGGAGGCUGGGGGCCUUGGGGUAAAUGGUCCUACUGCUCCAGGACUUGUGGAACUGGAGUUCAGUCUGCAGAGAGGGAAUGUAACAAUCCCAAACCUGAAUUUGGAGGAAAGUAUUGCACUGGAGAAAGGAAGCGUUACCGGACCUGCAACACCAAACCUUGUCAGAAUGAGAAGCCGUCCUUCAGAGGGAUGCUGUGCAGUGAGUUUGACACAGUGCCGUAUCACAACCAGCUCUACCAGUGGAUCCCAGUUGUUAACCCAUUAAAUCCCUGCGAACUUCACUGCCGACCAGUUAGUGACUAUUUUUCGGAGAAGAUGCUUGAUGCGGUGACCGACGGGACCCCGUGCUUCAUGAACAACAAGUCCAGAAACAUCUGUGUUAACGGAGUGUGCAAGGAGGUUGGCUGUGACUUUGGUAUUGACUCAAACGCAGUGGAGGAUCGCUGUGGGGUCUGUCUGGGCGACGGCACAAGCUGUGAGACGGUUUAUAAGACAUAUGAUGAACAAGAAGGUUUUGGGUACGUGGACAUGGGGGUGAUACCAGAGGGCGCCCGGGACAUUCUGGUGAGGGAAGCCGAGGAGGCAGGAAACUUCCUGGCCCUCAGAAGUGUGGGGUCAGGCGAGUACUUCCUCAACGGGAACUUCAUCAUCCAGUGGAACGGCGAGUACGAGGCAGGUGGGACGACGUUCUACUAUGAGCGCAGUGGAGACAUGGAGAACCUCACUGCACCUGGACCUACCAAGCAGCCAGUCUUGCUCCAGUUGUUGUUUCAGGAGAAGAAUCCAGGUAUAAAGAUAGAAUACACCGUCAAGAAGACAAAAUUUAUAGAAAAUGAGGUCCCUGAUCCCACUUACAGCUGGAGACACGGAGCCUGGACCGACUGCAGCACCACCUGUGGCCUAGGAGAGCAGCACCAGCCAGUGCUGUGCUUUGAAACAGAUGUGGGCGUCGUGGACGAGUCUCUGUGUGGCCCAGAUAGCCGUCCAGAGGACCGACACCGCAAAUGUAAAAAUAUGGAAUGUCCUGCAAGGUGGUGGGUUGGUGGUUGGCAGCAUUGUACAGAAACCUGUGGAUCAACAGGAUUGAGGAAGAGAACCGUUCUUUGUGUCCGCACUGUUUCAGGGGAGGAGAGAGUACUCCACCCUGUGGAAUGCAAGCAUCUGCUUAAACCAAAACCUGUGGUGCCGUGCAACAGAGAUGUGCCAUGUGGGCAGGAAUGGGCUAUUGGCAACUGGGAGGAAUGCCCCGUCACAUGUGGAGGAGGAGUUCGCUCACGCACCGUGUCUUGCACAUUGGUGCCAAAGAAGAGCUGUGACCUCUCGACCAAACCCAGGUCCAAAUCACUGUGUGCUUUGCAGAGCUGCCCAAACUCAAGUCUUCACAGACGACCUGGGCUUCCCCCUGUGUAUCGCCGCAUUUACCCAAAUAAAACUCCCUCUACUAAACAUCCUGGCUCAACAUCAUUCUCACCUAUAAGCUCCACAGCUGUGCCUACAACAACCACCAAAGAAACUACAACUGCCACCACAAAAUCCACUUUAAGCCCUCAAGUUGCAUUUACUGAAAUUAUAGUCUCAGAGGAUCAUGACUUUAGUGUUCUGAUGAGGAAAAUGAAAAAUGCAAAGAGGAAAGUUUAUCCUAAUAAAUCAAGUUCCGCUAAUAAAGAAAAGAAAACAAGUGUUGGAGAGGAGGAAAAUGUAGACACAGAGGAGGGAAGUACGGAGGAUGGGGUCCUGUACUCCCCAGGAUAUGAUUACAUCGUUGAGGACAAGACGAAACAAGAAGAGAAAAUUAUUGACCUGGACUUUUUCACCACUGUAACGUCUCUAACGACUCGUCUUCAGACAACCACACCAAAACCACAAGCACGUCCUCUUACCAAGCAUAUAACUAGAAUGCCACCCACAACUGCUUUGCCAUUCUCUCUUACCAGUACUGACACAUGUUCAAGGACAACCCACCACUUACCCAACAUCAACACCACCUCAAAUAUUAAAUCAUACCGCCCAUGGACACAACGUGCUCCUCUAACCACUCCCAUGUAUAAGUUUGGCCCGGGUCUUUCAAAAACUAUCUUCAAAACAAUGCAAGUUCCUGUAACAACUGUAAGAAAACCAUCCACCACUGCAGCUCCACCUCAUGUGACAUUAAUGAACCUGAAGAGCUUCCCUGCAACAACCAAGAAAAACACUCAAACUGUUCAUGCUAAAAAACCACUCAGGUCCAAAGGAAGCCACUUCAAGAGCCAAAACCAGCAACCAAGGAGUCAGCAGAGCAGUUCCACGAGUGACCAAAGAAAACUGAUGGCCAGAGAACCACUUAGCAUGGAUGUAUUUUGGGUUGUUGGAAACUGGAGUGAGUGCUCAACAACAUGUGGGAUUGGAGCUCUAUGGAGAACCGUGGUGUGCAAUUCAGAGAAUGAUGAGGACUGUGCCAACAUGAAGAGACCUGAGCCUGCACGAACAUGUCAUCUGCAACCAUGCGCUACCUGGCAAACUGGCAGCUGGAGCAAGUGUCCGGAAAGCUGUGGGUCUGUGAGAAGGAGGCACCGUGACGUUCAGUGUGUUGAUUCUCAGAGUAAACGUCCACUCAGACCUUUCCACUGUCAGAUUGUGUCCAGCAGACCCCUAAGCGCCCUGGGUUGCCCCCAAAAGCCCUGUAUGAACUGGACUGUGUCACCCUGGGGACUGUGCUCUGGCAGCUGUGGUGAAGGCAUUAGGGAGCGACUGGUGUACUGCCCCGAACCUCAUCGCUGCAGCCCCACGUCCAGGCCAAACGACACUGAACUGUGCAGUCUAAAGCCUUGCAUGCACUGGAAAACCGAAGACUGGGGGGAGUGCUCUGUGAGCUGUGGAGAGGGUCAACAGCAGCGCGCAGUCAACUGCUUGAGCGAUCAGGAUUUGGCCGUUUUGCCAAACCGCUUUUGUGAGAAGAUUUCUAAACCAGAAACACUCAGGAAAUGCAACAUGCAGGAAUGCAAGAAAAACUCAGUUUGCAGAAAAAACACCAUGUCCUCCCGCUUCUGUGACAAGCUGAAGCUGUUGGGUCGCUGUAUGCUUCGGUCGGUUCAAAGACAGUGUUGCUUCACCUGCAGGGCGCUACCAAGACUGGACUCAUAAUGACUGCAACACAACCUACCCUCUGUUCAUGAAAUACUGGUACGAAACAACCGCCAUCCACAGACUGAGAAACCACGGUGCUAAUGGCAACUUCAGCAAGCCAAACUGACUGUCUCAGUGGUCACUGCAUUUCUUUUGUUGUUUUUUUUCUACCAUGUUCAGUUCUUCUUAAUUUACUGUAGUAAAACUUUUGGAUCAAAACCAGAUAAUACAAAAAGCCAAAGUGCUUGCAAAACUUCAGAAAUAUAUUUGAGCAUGAGACCAGGGGAAAAUGAGAUUAUGCAUAGGCAUGGACUGGUAUAACAAUCUCACAAAAUAAACUACACAAGUUUAUAUUUACACAAAAAUCAAAAGGUAGAACAUAAUUUAGGUUUGUUAAUUUCUUCUUCUAACAAUAGAAAAUAAGCUGAUUUUGGUUGGUUAAUUAGUCAGGGCAUCUGAUCAUGUAGCCAGCCUGCAGUCAGAUUCUUAACAAAGAUGCUGCUCAUAGCUAGCCAACGGUAGCUUCAAAACAGCAUUACUUACUAAAAGUAAAACUGUUCCUUCCUGAAAGGUGUGUAGAAAAUGCCCACAGUGACAAUAAAAACAUACAGCCACCUGGGCCAAUCCCAAGGUGUCUCCAGGCCUGCUAGGAAACAUGGUACUUCUAGUGUGUCCUGGGUCUUCCUCUGGGUCUCAUCCCACUGAGCUGUGCCCAGAAUACCUCACCAGGGAGUCAUCCAGGUGCAAGAAGUCACCUCAACUGGAUCCAUUUGAUGUGGUAGAGCAGCAGCUCUACUCUGAAUUCCUCUUAGCUGACCAUACCCAGACCUUGUUUUGGCUGUUUGUAUCUGGGUUCUCAUUCUUUCACUACCCAGAGCUUGUGAUCACAGAUCAGGGUAGGAAUAUCCAUCUACUGGUAAAUUGAGGCUCAGCUCUCUUUUCACCAGGACAGACCAGUAAAGGACUUGCAUCACUGCAGACGCGUCACUAAUCCUGCCGUGAAAAGUUUUUCACAACAGCAUAAAUUUCCCAGCUGUCAAAUGUAUCCUUUCUUGUUUGUACAGAAAAGUGUACCAGCUUUCUUUCGGUUAGCUGAGUAUUUGUGUGUAGAAACAAUUGGGCUUCUUUAUGCUCCAUGCAGCCAGAAAAAAUGUUGGCAACUCUUGCGCUUCCUCUGGCCAAUAAAAUGGUUCUAAGUGGCAGGAACAACAUUUGAAGUAUUAUAAACAGUAACUUUUUAUAACCUUGGAAGGCCUCAAUACAGACAGCCGGCCCAUGCCUCAUUAUGUGUUAACAUGCAUUUCUGGGUCAAAGGUGCUUUAACAGCUUAAUAAAGGUGCUUUUAAAAUUAGGCUGCUGAUGAUUCACAACUAAUACCUAAUGUUUUUUAAUGAACUGGUAAAAACAGAAUGUACAUUAAGAUUUUCUGUCAUUCCAACAUUGUUUGGAUGGAUGUCAGCAUUUUUUAACACUUGGAUUAGUUUUUGUUAUGUUUUGUUUUUCUCAGAGCCAGCACUGACUGUGUGUUUAUAUAAAACUUUUUAUAGGCCUUUUUUUUUUCUAAUUGUCAAAGAUUAAUAAAUCAGCUGCAGAAUGCAACAAUCUCCUCUCAGACUUGUUGUACCCUUUUAAAACUAAGACAGAGGUGUUGCAGGUCAUCCCUCUCAGGUCCCUCUUAAGAUGGCACUUGUGAUUAUGUGAAAUUACCAAGUUGUACAUCUUCAGUUCCUUUCCUUCGCUGCUCUUUGUUUCUUUCACUUCAAGUUGUGAGUGAAAGAGGCUUGGACAAACAUGAGGCAAGAUGAGAAAACGUCAUUGUUCACACUGUGUCCCAUCUCCACUCAUACACUUCUUUGCCAAAAUUGUUCUCUUGUCUGUCUUCACACUUAUAAACUUGAGUCACAUCCCACUCCAAAUCCAAAAGGUUUAAAAUGAUGUCAGUUACAACUUUAAUUCUGAAAAGGCUUUCCACAAGGUCUAGGAGUGUUCACAGAGCACAUUCUUUUGGUCAGGCACUUUCGUAACUAGUCAGUACCACAGUGGUCUGCACUGUGGUACUGACUUGAUCUGUUGGGUUAAGAUCAGUUCCAUGUGCAUGUUCCUCAUUUAGCUCACUUAUCUGUGUCUUUACAGAGUUUGCUUUGUCAUGUUGGUACAAAAAGGACCCAUUUCUAGAAAGUACGGAGCAUUGCCCAAAAAUUCCUUUGUAUGUUGAAGCAUUAAGAGUUCCUUGCCUUUGGAGCUAAGAGCUCAAACCUCAAUUCUGAAAAAAAAAAAUCCUCUUAGUCACACUUUGCAAAAUACACUCAAGCAAAUACCGUUCUCUUGGCUAGACUCACCAGUUGGCUUGCUCAACAAAGAGGCAUGGUUUGUCACUUCAAAGAAUGAUUUUUUUUUUAUACUGCUUUACACCUCUGCACCUGGCACUGUACUUUGCAUUUGGUGAUGUAACUCUUGGCUGCAGCUGCUCGCCCAUGAAAACUCAUUCCAUGAAGCCAAUCUGAAGGCUUCAUGAAGUCUGGAGGACUGCAGCUGCUGACUGCUCCAAGUUGGUAACCUCUGCAAACUCUGCAAAUUAUCAUCCACUGACCCCACUCUGAUUGUUUUUGUGUGACCUACCACUUUGUAGCUGAGUUGUUGUCAUUCCCAAUUUGUGAAAAUACCAUUAACAGUUGACUAUAGUGAAUUUAUGGGAGGAAACACAGGUGUAAUCCUCUUGAGAUUCUGUGGAGGAAUUCACUGAACUCCUUAGAGCGACCCAUUUCACAAAUGUUUGUAGUCUACAUGCCAAGGUGCUGGAUUUUAUUCACCUGGAACAUUAAACUUAAUGAUUUGGAUGGGCAAGCAAUUACUUUUGGCAAUAGAGUGUAUUCGUUUUGCAUGUCUUCAUUGAUAACUGUGAUGAUAAGGUUUGACAUAACACUUUUUGUAAAUGAAAUACAUGAAAUAAACUUUUUUUAAAAUAA